AUGUCUGGGUGUUCUAGGUGUUGUUUCAAAGAGUUUAGCAAUACAGGGCAUUUGGAUAUAACUGAAACUACUUCACAUUCCCAAUCAACGUCCUCCAUCUGCAAAUGGACCUCAAAGCCUUACCACUCCUUGUUUUCCACUCCCACAACAGACACAAUUAUGUUUCCUUCCUUACUUAGCAUAUAUUGUUUACAUGAAGUUGAUAUUAGCAAUUGUGGUUUAAGUCAACUAUUCCCUGAGGCAAUUGGAUGCUUACACUGGUUAGAAAUGUUAAAUCUUGGAGGGAACAAUUUUGUGACACUGCCUAGCCUUGGGGAGCUUUUCAAGCUUGUAUAUUUGAACUUGGAGAAUUGCAAGAAAUUGGAAUAUUUGCCCGAGCUUCCUUUCCCUACUACAAUCGAGCAGGAUCUUCGAAAGAACAAAUAUUAG